AAAGGGAAAAUGUGUCGCGAGUUUCUUAAGCGUGAAUGACCUACCCCUCCUGUGUAAACAAAUGAUAUGGGUCAUAAACUUUCGAAAUGUAAACUUCCGUUAAACUAAUACACUUUGCCACAGGUGAAGAAGUGAUACACAACGCGACAUCGGAAUGUUUAAUUUGUUUAACAAGGAUCGAGUGAAUUACAUGUAACUGCCAUACAGUACAUGUUUUUGAUGUUAGUUUUCAUUACACAAUGCGCAACUGCUAAAAACUAAAACUAGUGAUUAAUAAAUAAUUGGGUAAUACUUCGUGAAUUGACUCAAAAUUGAUGGAUGCUGUAAGCGUAAUGAGUGGAGCGGAAGCGGACGUUUCUUCGGAUGAAUCUUCUGAAGAUGAGGAGUUUGAGAUGCCCCUUCCCCCGAGCCCUCUGCGUGAAGGGAUGGGCGAGCCAUUCAGGGUUGUGCUCAAGGGGGGAGAGCCCUGGGGAUUCACGCUGAGGACGGGGGCGGAGUCGAAGUCUGCUGUCCUUAUUGAUGAGUUACACAAGGAAGGCAAAGCCAUAGUCAGUGGCCAGUUAAAGAGUGGUGACUACUUGCUGGAGGUUAAUGAGAUUCGUUGUCAUUCCCUGGUCGAGGCUCGGCAACUUAUCGACAGUGCCUUUAAGACGCUCACACUACAAGUUUGGAGUUGGACAGGAGAGAAUAACAGCAGGAUGGACUUUCGGAGCAGUCGUUUGCGACGCUCGUGGAGUGUACGAAACCUCACCAUACAGACGUACCUGGCUCGGGCACGAGCAAGCUGGUCAGACCUCGGGGGUGCCGGUGACCCACACUCUGCGCCAGUGAGAUCUGCCUCUUUCCUCCAAAAGACCCGGGAAAUAUCGGAGCGGGCUCGACAACAGGCAGGUGUGCAGGAUGACAGCGUGUUGUUCACGGAGUCCCACAGUAGUGGACCUCGCAUGAAACCACGACAACGACGCAUUGAAAGCUUCCAUGGAGGUAGGCGUUCGUCAGGCCAGACCUCAAGUUCUCUGGCAAAAUCUUCAGCUUCGGCUCUCACCAGUGGUCAGUCCACCUCGGCACUGAACAGUGGUCACUUGGCAUCAGCACUGGCCACUGGUCAUUCCACCUCGGCACUAAACAGCUGUCAUUCUGCAGCAGCCCUGACUAGUUCUACCAAUGCCAGCAUCCAGCAGUCUUCUAUGGUCACAUUUGUCCAAGAUGUCAGCUCUUGUGCCACCCUGGUGACCUCAAGUGUGGCAGCGACCUCUGGCAAGCCUGUCCUCAAAGGUUGGGCAACAGAGAAUGACUUGUCUUCAUCACGUAAACCUGUCAUUAUGUCAGGAAGUCAACGGACUCGCAAUGUGCAAUUAUCUUCCGCGAAAUCUUCGCCAAGUUUGAACAAAGAUGAGGCAACUACUACUAUUAGUGGUAGUACUCUUGUUGCAACGCCUCGAGGUUAUAGUCCAAGAACAUUAAAAAUGAUGACAAAAUCAACAACAGACAUAACAGAAAAUUUAAACACAGACUCUGUUACUUCCCCAACAAGUCCCAAAAGCCCAACAUGGUAUCAGCAAAGACUGCCAAAUAAAGGUGUGUUUGACUUUUCAUCAAGUUCAUCGUCAAGAAGAAGUCCUAGCAAUUCAUAUGCUGGGGCUAGCCCCAGGAAUUCCUACGCAGGGGGCAGCCCUCAGAAUUCAUAUGCAGGUGGAAGUCCUAGAAAUUCUUAUGCCAGUUAUUCUUCAGCUUCCAUACCACAAUCUGUGACAGGAUUUUCACCAAUGUCAGUGCCAAAUAGUUCUUCUUAUAACCAGCAAUCAGACUUGAGUCGAAGUGGUGAAAUUGGUUCAUAUAAUCAAAAACUUUCUGGUGAACAUACAAGCAGUUACGAUGACACCGCCACGCACAAUACACAAACUAAAAGCUACAAUCGUAGAUCCUUACCGCCACAAGCAUUACAUCAUUACCGGCAAGAAUAUCAACGGGAGAGUGUUCACAAAACUGAAUCACAAAAACAACUCACUAGCAUGCCAGUGACUCAAGAAGAGCGAGAUGCAGAUCGUGAAAUUCGUGAUAUCAAACCCCUACCCCCCAAUGACCUUGACAUUCGCCCCAUGUACUCACCCCCUGCUCCCCCUGUAAGGGAUAUAUCUAGUUUAAAAUAUGUAAAACUUUCUCAAAAUCAUGAAAAAUACCCAUCCUGGCCUGUGACUACUGCUCAAAAACCACAAAGUUUAGGGCCCCCUAUUGACUCUCAACUGAGUGAUAAAAGUAAGGACAGUGAGUCAGGGAGUGAAAAAAGUGACAAGAGUCAACAAAGUCAGUACGCUAGGGUGAGAAGCAGUCCAAGUAUUGAUAAGAAAGGUAGUGAUGAGAAUAAAACGAGAAAUCAGAGUGAUCCAGGACUUAAAAAGCCAAAGAAAAGUUUUUACACAACACGAAAACCCAUCGAACCUAAUUACGAGAAUACAAAAAUGGAGGGCGAAAGAUUUGACGAAUUUUGUAAAGCAUCAAAACCAGGCUACCCUCCACCAAACCUUGACCCUGACGGUCAUAAUUAUGGUGAUGAGAAAUACAGCAUUCCCUCUCCGCCAGAAAGAGACGUUCCGGGUAUAGAUGAAAAGUCAUUGGUCGAAAAAAUUGCCGCAGUGAUUUCGCCACACUCUCAGCACCAUCAGCCUUCUCAUCAUACCUUUCAGUACAAUAUGGCCGCGGAACACAGCUCUGGGUAUAGGUCACAUCGCACUGAAUCUGCCACUAGCCCCAUGUGGUCAAGUGGUGUGAAGAUUCCUGGGACAUAUUUUCAACAAGCCAUGAAUGCUCAGAAUUUGUUACGAUCAAAUAAUCCACAGACUAUGGUGGAUUCAGGUACGAGUCCAAUCCACAGUCCAAACACUGAGAAAACUAGACCUUUUGCGAGAGUACAUACAAAUAGUAAUAAAAGUGAAUCUACUCUAUCACCCUCAGAUAAUAAACCAAAGGCAAUAGUGAUAACUCAGAGGCCUUAUUAUAACACGAGCACACAGACUGAUGAAAGUUUAGUAGCUGAUUCUGGACACCAAGGUUCAGUGUCUUUAACUUCAGUGUCUUCUGGGUCUACAAUUAAGUCGGACCCUUCAUCCCGAAGUAGUGGGAUUGGAAGCAUGGCAUACAGUGAUCAGUCGAGUGCUGGUAUGAUGAGGAAACUUUCUGAGGAGUUUUAUCGUGGAAAGUUAUCAGGGCUUCAUCUGAAUGAGAAACGAAUGUCCUCAGCCUCUGCUUACGACAAUGAUUUGAAAAGUCAAAGGUCAGAUGGUCCAUAUGGUGUUUUGAAAGAAGCUGAAUCUUGUAACAGUGUAGUUAUCCAUGCACAUGAGUCUGCGGGUCUGUUUGGUAGAGAUGACAUUGGCUCGAGUCCUACUCUUACUAGUUCUCACCCAGAAAUGUCCGACAAUGAGCAUGAUCACUCUGACUACCGUCACAAACAGAGGUACAGCAUGGAUGCAGAUAUGGUCCUUCACAAAGCAACAGGAAGUAUGAGCAUAUCGAUGCCUCCGAGAAGCCUCCAGGAUUCACGUUUCACCUCAGAGAGCAACCUGUCCCCUCAGAGUGGUUUCUCCCAGCGAAGCCCGCACAGUCAAAGUUUGCUUCAACUCCACCGACCAUCUUCCUCAUUAGGAGAUGGGCCUUCACAGAAUAUUUCCCAGAGUUCACAUUCUUCAUCCUCUUCACGACCCUAUGGCUCAAUGGAGGCUCGAUCCUCAGGGAGCAGAAUUAGCUCAGCCUCUUCAGCUGCCGGGGACGCAAGAAAUGAGAAAUCAAGGACAGAUUCUGACUCGGUGUUUUAUGAUGGUAAAGUGUCCCCAGCACUGGGGAAUGAGGUGAAAAAGCUGGGGAAUAAUGGUAAAGUGAAUGAGGCUAAGGCUAAAAGUGGUAGCCUCUGUAGGAACGAAAGUAUGAAAAUGGCGUACGGGACUUUUGAUGAAUCUGAACAUCACUAUGCAACUCCAUAUGGUCACCAGAGGAACACUAGUGAAGUGUUGUCAACAAAUUCUGGUAGGGAUUCUGGUGUGGUUCAUGGAAGGUCAAUGUCAUUAAAUGAUUAUUUGCCCAUGCAUGGGAGCCCGGCUGAUGCUUCGAGGCUGGGACAAAUUCAGGAGGAGAGUUCAGAAAUACGAUGGCAGGAGGCCGUCAGAAAGUCCAAGUCACUGUCUCGUGAAACCGCAUCAUCAAAUUAUGAGAACAUUAAUGUGCAAAGUAAAGGGAAUGUUUCUUUGUUGUUAAAGACAAAUGAAAAUGUGAAAAAUGAAAAUGUGAAAAAUGAAAAUGUGAAAAAUGAAACUGAAAAGAAGAGAAGUGGGAUGAGGAGAACUGUCUCUGAACAAUUUAAGCCAAAUAAGGAAAGGCAGAGAGAAAAGCAUAGUGAUUCUAGUAAAGGAGGUUAUACAUCUAGUAGUGGGGAGUCGAGCAAGGGGAAUAAAUCUGACAGUGAAAAUGUGUCUAAUAAAACAAUAUCUCAACAUCAGUCAGACUCGGAUUUGAAAAAGGUUCAGCAGGAGGCUGUAUUGGACUUUAUGAAGCGUAAACAGAAGGGUUCUGACAGUUCUGAUCCAACGAGUCCGCAGGUGAAAGACACGGCCCCUGAAUUUCCCCCUCCCCCAAUCCCAGGGGCUAAAUCCCCGGUCAGUGUUGCAACUUCCCAUCCCCCAGUUUCCCCUCUCUCUGAUAUUACAAAACGCUACAACUAUACUACUGCACAACGUAACGAGAGUUUACGUCGGACACAGUCAAUCACUUCAAAUUCGUCACGGGAUUCCGAUUACAUGGAGAUGAAGCGUAGCUACCAGACUGAGUGGAGUCGCCUACGCUCACAGGAUAGCAAACAUCCACGUCGCCCACUGUCCUUUGGCUCAGACAUCGGUGGGCUCGAUGGACUUCUGACCCCACUGCUUAUGACACCUGAUUCAGAGGUUGCAAACAAACAUUUAGGCUCUGGAGAAACUAUUCCAAAACAUAUUGAAGCUGCUCAAGCGACACAAGACCCAGCGAGCCUCAAUAGCUGUCCCACAUCAGGAGAUGAAGGCAGCAUGGUAACUGCACCGAUCUAUCAUAAUGUGGGUGGCGACUAUCCCCGUCGCCCCCCUCCGCCUGUCCCUGGAGUAAGCGAGGACGCACCUCCUGCCCUGCCGCCAAGGUGCUUUAACAGCAGCAAGUCUGAGUCCUUUCUGCUGGCUCGUAUGGACCCAAGCCAGCAUGAAGGUCUUAAAGAUUCUUAUAGUCAAGACACUGGUGUGCCUUCUAGUUCCCGAGGCUGGGAGGGCGGAGGAACGGGCACUCUCAAAGAGGACGCGUACGCCCAGCAGUUACGGAGACAGGCUCGGAGGUUCUCUGAACAGCACAAACCUGUGGGAAUAUCAAUGCAAGUGGUUUCAACUAAGUCAACUGUGCAAGUGUCGUUAUCUCAGUCAUACAAACAAGAACAAGCCUCUGCUAUGGAGGUAAAGCCUGUGAUGAGAGUGUCACCACAGACGUCGCCAUGUCACACAGAAGUUAACACCGCCACGAUUUUGCUUCAGUCUCCACCAGCCUCAAGAGGCCGUACCACCCCAGAACCCCCGCCCAUGCCCACUCCCAUGAAAAACGGAGAAGUAGAGGUUCCCUCUGACCUGAACAAGACGGCCGACUUUCCCCCACCUCUUCAGGAGUUUGUGAAAGGGGCAGAAACGUCAAAGGAUGAUUCUGACAGGUGUGCAGAUGACUCGUAUGGUUACUACAAGACGCAGUCACCUCGUGAGGUAGGGAAAUACAAGCGCACAACAUCUGACACGAGUCUGCUCCAUACGCGUCAGGAGAUCAAAACCUUCCAGCUUCAUCCGGACCUGGACAGGAAGGAUGUUGCUGAUAUGCCGAACAAACCUCCACGUAAAAAGUUAGAGGGUCGGGAUAGUCCGAACUUAGCGCUCAUAUCAAAAAGCCCAAGUGUGCUUAAUGGGGACAGAAAAGCAACUGACCAGCGUGUGCCUCCUGUGAACUCGUCUUUACAACCAGCAGAAGUCACCUCUGUUCAACAUGCAGUGAAAUCAGUAGCAAAUCCGCUGUCGAACAUGAGUUUACAGAACAGUAACUCUCCCACAGGCAUAUCAUCAAGUUCGGGAAACUUUGUUGACACUGUUGUUCAACGGCCCCGUGACAGGAAUAGCCUUACUGAGGAGCCACGUGAGCCACGUCAGUCUGUUAAGGACAGGGUGAAAAAUAUCGAAGUGUUCUCUCAUUCUCCUGGCUCGUCAAAGGGAGGUAGUCAGCAUUCACCCAAUAACGGACCUGGUCAGGCAUUUUGUGAUGAUAAUAGAGACUCUAGUUUUGAUUCUUACACAUCUGACUCUCUAGAACAGCUGGAAAGUUCUGCAAUUCAAAGUGAUAAUUUAAAAGACAGGUUACGGCCAGUGGUUAAGAAGGGCGAGACCUCCUCGGUUCAGCCUGAGUCUUUGGUACUGCACAGGCUCAGUGUUGACUCUGCAGAUCACAUGACUGCCACACCCCCUGCUGUACCACAUAGGACUUACAAACAGCAGCCUAGUAGCAGUUCUGCGGCAUUCAGGAGAGACUCCUUUCAAAAUCGUGGCCCUAGGUCAUAUGAUAACAAAGCAACAAAUAGUGCCAAUAUUCACAAUCCCCAUAAUCAGAAUCAUAUCGUAAACACUUCCCGAAGCCCAGGCAAAGCCCUCCCUGAGCCCCAGGUACCUUCACGGUCACACAAGCCCCGUUAUCAGCCUAUCACAGGUGGGGAUCAACUUAUGCAAGAUCAGAAUUCAAAUUUGUCUAGUCCUGACUUGAACUCGAGGGUAGUUUCUAAUUACAGUGAAAAUGAAAGUGUGCAGAAUAUUAAUAAGGAGAAUACCCUUGUGCAUAGUGUUCAGGGUGGACAGAAACGCAAUUACCAGAAAUCAUUCUCACCUCGGACAAGAAGUGGGUCUUCCAGCGGCAAUAGUGAUCAUCAAAAUGUAGCUACAUUCCAUAACCGUUCUCACAGUGAUAAGCAACAAGGAGGCACAACCUCACCACAAAGACAAGAUCACAAGCGGAACCACCAUCAUAGUGAACAAAGACAUUCACAUGACUUAAGGUUACCUCAAGGUCAUUCUAAAAAUAGCCCCUCAUCACAAAGCGUCCAACAUAAGACAUCAGAUCAAUCACCUUCAGACAAUCAUAAUUCACAGAGACAUGAUAAAAGUAAAAGUAUGAAUAAUAAAAGAAACAUAAAUGAUCCAUCGUAUCAAAUUCAUCAUCACACUGACAAUAAAGAUGAUCAAAAUAAACGCAUCUCUCCUCACACAACUCUACACAGUGAGGUGGUAAAAGAACAUCACUCCGCCGCACCACACGCCACCCCAGAAGUCGUAGUUAACCAUGGUCGACAACCGUCUGCUGAAGAGCUUGAAUGUGAUCAGAAAGCUCAGGAACUUGCGAAGGUUCUACAAGAUAGUGAUAAAGAAUUAAGCGAGGUUUUACAGGUGGACAGCAAGAAGAACCGGAUGCAGUUCCUUGAUGGGAUUCUGCCUGUAGAACCAACCGGGGAGGAGAGAAGGCCUCGUUCUGCUUCAAAGAAGGAGGAAAAGUCUUCUGAGGGUGGAUCAGAGGAGACAGAGAAAGAGCCAACCUCCCCGAUGCCAUCAAACUACUACGUAUCCCCGCCGAAGGCCAUGAUUGAGCUUGAGAUUCGUAAACUAAGCGACAACAACCAUCUUGUGCACGACAUUGCUGACAACGACACCCUCGCACAGAAAAAGGAGGAGCUCCUUCAGCGGAUGGUCAAGAAGGUUGAUGUGUUGAAAGAGGACAAGAAAGAGCUACUCACUGACAUUGAUGAGAAUGAGGCACUUGGGAAACAGGUGAUCGAGUAUGUGGAGUCAAAGUGUCGCAGCCAGCAGGAGAAGGACAAAUAUCGCUCGUAUAUUGAGGAUAUCGAUAAGAUCAUUCGACUCCUUCUCAAGCUCUCUGGUCUGCUAGCACGUGCUGAAAACACCAUUCAGGGCCUCUCUGAGAACACCAACGAGAAAAUUCGCAAAAUGACAUAUGACAAAAGAGACCGACUGUACUCGCAACACGAGGACGCAAAACAACUGAAACACGACAUUGAUCGACGCAGCGAGCAGGUGGAAAUGAUUCUUCAGAGUUGCCUGGCAACCAAUGAGCUUGAUGACUAUCACUACUAUAUCAAAAUGAAAUCGAAGUACACGAUACAAUUACAGGAGUUGGAAGAUAAAAUCACGCUUGGGAACGAACAGAUUGUUGCCCUGCAGAAGAGUAUUCCUAAUAAGAAAUGAAGAGGACAUGUACAGUGUUAUUAAAUUAAGGUCUAUAAUACAGUAAUUAUGCUGUAGAGAAGUUAUAGGAUAAAUGAAUUGUUUAUGAUAAAAAAAUGUUGCUUAGGAUUUGUCUCAAUGGCAUUUGAAGAAAUUAAAAUAUUAAUAUUGUGCUGAAGGAACGUUUAUAAUCAGAUUAUGAAUCCCUCAAGUCUUUCGGAAUGCAGUCAAUUCCCAACUUAUGUAUGCCUUAAAGUUGAAUAUCAGAUCGAUAUUGUGGAAUUGAUCAAAAAAGCAUUCUAAUUUCGAUAUUUAUUAUUUAUUUCGAAUGACCUUAAUGUCCUGUGCUUAAUAUGUUUCAUUUUGUUUCCAAAUUAAAGUUUAUUAUAAACUUAAAAUGCUGCAAAUUUCAUGAAGUGGCUGCUUCUAUGAUAAAUUCACAUUUAUUUCUUGGGACCAAGUCCCGUUGAUUUUCCUUUGUUGCCAUUUUGUUGAAAAGGUGAAUAUGAGAAAAACUGUUUGCUGGUUGUAAAAAUAGGCAGUAAGGUUAGAUGUUCGUAGUUAAUCUUGUAAAACAGUUGGUUGAAUGUACAAAUGUGUUAUUUUAUAAGUAUAAAUAUCAUUAUAUUGAGGGUACUAUAAAGGUUUUUAAUGCAAUAGCAAAUCUUACUUUUUUUCUUUUAUUAUCUUACAACGUGAUAUUGUGAUACACCUCAGUGCUAUAUUGUUCAUAUUCUUCAUAACAGUGAAAUUAAUUCAUGCCAAUUUGUAUAUAGAACAUUUUCCUUGAAAUUACUAUUUUAAUUUUAAAAUGGCAUUUUUAUUUGUAAAGUCACAACAAAGUUUUGUAUUGUUAUUUCUCAUUUUCAGUAACAUUCCCUGUUUUUUUCUGUGGAAUUGAAGGCUGUCUGGGUAUAUUAUUUCAUUAACAAUGACAGAUUCCUAUACAAAAUGUUCAAAAUUCAAACAAGUUGUAUUUAAAAACAAAAUAAACUUGUGUGUAACUUAAAAA